AUGGGUGGAGGUCCUCUCCCUGAGAGGAGCUCACCUUCUAACACUCUUCCCCAAGGGCUCUACCAGUCUAAGACCUCAACUGAUUAUGAAAAUGCCAGCUUCUUCAAGCCUGAACUGGCCACUGCCCAUUGCUUCAAGCAGUUCAAGAGGAAAGACUUCCACCUGCCUCGAAGCCGCCGGCGGAUCAUCAUCUUGCCUCAAAAGGAAGACCCAAUCUCCAUCGAUCCAAUGCCCCAACCCCAGGCUCUCCUACAACCCACCUGCAGCUUUAAAGCCCUGGAAGCCAGGGACACCCAAGAGCAGCCAGAGGACACAAGAACCUGGCUGAGCCAGAGACUGAAGUUUCGGCAGGAACUGGAGUCGUUUGGCAACAUGGACAGGUGGCUGCGGAACAAGUCCAGCCUCACGCCUUCGGAAGCCAAGAUCUUACACAUGCCCCCCAAGGAGCAUGAGGCCCAGGCGAUGGCCCACCUGUCUAUUGCCGGAGCCACCGAUAAGAAAAACCUCCAACCUGCCCACCAAACCGUGCCCGAGCUUCAGCUGCCGAAGCCCCCCGCCCUGUCAACCUUGUACUCCUACCUGCACAGUCACAAGAUCAAGAUCCUGGAGGUAUUUAACAAGCUGGAACGGAGCGAGACCCACAGGAUCUCCAGGGAGAAGUUCAUUAUGGCUCUGAAGGCGAUUGGAGUCCCUCUGGGACACCAGGAGAUAGAGGAUAUUGUGAUCUACCUCAGCUCUCUGGAGAAGCACAACAGCAUCACUGUGGAUAUCCUGGCCAGCACCUACAAGCAAUGGUUUUUGCCCCAGCAGAGAAGCAUACUGAAAACUACAAGGGAUAAUUAUAGAUCUGUCAAGGGACGGGCUUCCCCACAGCGUCCACCCAAGAAUGUAGCCCCACAGCAACCCAAGAUGGACCUACUGACUGUGCCUGAGGUUGACACCAAGACAGAAGCAAGGCCCUUGAGCCCGCAGGAGAAGGAGGAUGUCAACAUACGGUACUGGGAGAGGAAGCAGCACAGCAAGUUCACGAUCCCCUGCAUCCAGUACAUGGAGUGGUGCCAUCGGGUGCGCAGUGGGAAUAAGCGUUUUGACGACCACUGCCUCCCAUCCACCAUCUGCGGGGAGAUGAGCGAGCUCAUCAACCUGUCCCGCAGGGACACCUUCCUGGUCUACCUGCAGUGCCAGAAGCUCUGUGAGUCCUAUGGCCUCCCGCUGUCAGAGGACAUCCUCAUAAAAGCCCUGCUGUAUCCGGGGGACAAGAUCAUUUUCCAGAAGGACCGGGUGCGCCCAAUCCGGCAGCCAGGAGGCUACUACUCAGACUUCAAGGUCUUCAGCCCGACUCAAGCCCUGCUCAGGUCCCUGGGAUUCGAAGAGUCCAUGGCGAAGAGGACGGACAAGAAACCACAAAGGAAAAUCAAGAAAAUACACUUUAAGGAGUUUGAGGAAUUCGCUAGGAAGCUGAAGGUGAAGGGGCCUCAUGGUCCACAGCGAACCCAUCCAAAUUUCUUCUGGCCAGGUCACCUCCUGGACAAGUUGCAGCUCUACCUGCCCACCGUGACUGCGGACCGGAGCCUGGCACUGUUCAGUUGUAUCCAACAGAAGCCUCAUGUCUACUCUGCUGCCUGCUGCUCCAACCACUGGUGGCCCAUUAAGAACAUGAACUACAUGACCUGUGGCUAUUACGAUGCCCCCAAGGUCUACCACCUCAACUAG